GACAACAGUAUUUUGGUACUUGGCUGCAUUAACAUUAGAACCUAGGUGCUAUAGUGACAAAAAACAAACCCUGGUUGCAUGUAGAUGUACUGUAUAAACACUAGAACAGUGUUUCUCAACCUUUUUCUGUCAAAGCACCCAUUAAAAUUAUGGACAGUCUUGAGGCACCCCAUUUUAAAAUAUGAAAAACUAUUCUAAUAGUUUUAUAUAAAACAGAAACAUCCACACAUGUAGGACACCCAACAUUAGAAUUGAUUUAUUCUUCCAAAGCAAAUACACUU